AUGAGUUUUUUUUUCUCAAUUUAUUUAGGUAUAUUAAUUCAAGUUCAAAAAGUAAAAGUUGAUGGUGAAGGCUUAGUUAUUCAAAUAGAUCAAUUAAUGAAACAAAAUCAAAUUAAUUUUAGUUUACUUGCUACUAUUCCUGCUAUAUUAUUAAUUACAUUUUUAACUAUUUCAACAAAAAAUAUCGUUUCUAAUAGAGUCCUUAAACAACGAAAAUAUGGUUUAUCAACACUUCGUCAAAGAAUAAUACGUAAAAUUCGAGAAAUUGAACAUCUACUUAUUUUGAAUAGUGAAAUACCAGCAUUAACAAUGAAUGAUUAUGAAUUAAUUGUAACCGAAAAAAUUCAUAAUGAAAAUGAUAAUAAUCAAACAAAUAUGACAUAUUUAACAUGUGGUCGUUUGAUUUCUCUACUUUAUGAAUUAAAAUAUUUUACUAAUCAACUUCAAUCAAAACGUAUGCUUUCAAAAGAAUUUAAUGAAGAUAUUAAUUUAUUAACAUAUACACAAUUAUCGGUGCAACAAAAACUUCUGAUUAUUCAACAAAUUGGUCACUCCUAUUCGUUUCUUGUUCAUCCUUAA